AGGAGGAUUUUGCCCGAGGACAUGGGGUGGGUGGGGAGCCUGCCUCCUCCCUUGCACCGAUUGCAGAAAAGGAGGGGUUCCCACCCCAUGGCAAGGCUGCCAUCCGAGCUCUGCCCUCACACAGACACAGCCUCAUCCCCAGCUCUGACGGGAGCCCUUUGAGCUGGUUGGCAGCAAGCGACAUGGCAGAGGAGCUGUCUGAAGAGCAGGUGGCUGAGUUCAAGGCGGCCUUCACCAGGUUCGACAAGAACAAGGAUGGCACCAUCAACGUGCAGGAGCUGGGGGAUGUCAUGAAGACCCUAGGCCAGAACCCAUCAGAGGACGAGCUGAAGAAUAUCAUCGCCCAGGUGGACACGGAUGGUGACGGCGCCAUCAGCUUCCCGGAGUUCCUGGCAGCGAUGGUUAAGAGGAUGAAGUCCUGGGGCGGUGAGCAGGACCUGAAGGAGGUGUUCCAAGCCUUCGACCUGGAUGGGGAUGGCCAUAUCACCAUUGACGAGCUGAAACAGGCCAUGGUCCGGUUGGGGCAGAAGCUCACCCAGGAAGAUCUGGAGGCCAUGAUCCAGGAGGCGGACCUGGACAAGGAUGGACAGGUGAACUAUGAGGAGUUCUCGCGCAUCCUCGGUCAGAAGUGAAGCCCUGGUCUGGCCCGCCUCCUCUGCCUGACUCUGGUUCUGGGGUUCCUGCUUGUGCACUGGGAUGUAAAGGGGAAGUCUGGGUGGUGGGGCCCCUGGCCUCUCUUGGUCUGGGUUAUGGGCUGUUGGGACUCCCUCUGUGCCUGGGGGAGCUGGGGCUGCCCCUUACCUCACAGGGCUGUUGUGAAAAACCCCAAAGCCAGGUGGUGGCCCAAAUAAAAGGAAUGUGAACUCUGA